AUGGAUAUCACAGUCUUUCAUGAGGUUGUUGACAAGGUGUCGAUCGAAGGACAUUCAUCUGAAGGUUUAACUGGUGCUGGAGGAUACACUUCCAAAGUGGCUUCCCUGUGGCUGGCGUGUGGGAGGUGCUGGCUGGUGGAAGGCUGUAGCACCUUUCCACGAAGGCCUCUCCAUAGGCUGCUUGAGGCCUCCGUGGCUGGCUUCCUCCGGAGAGAUGAGUACCCUGCUGAAUUAUACCGAGUAGAGGAAUCUUCGCUGAGAGGCAGUCUAGCACGGUGGGGACUGCAGACCAAAGCAUGCUUUUGGGAAUCUGGCCUCGCCCACCUUUUUACCUACACCUUAAACCUUGAACCUUGUAGCCCAGACGAUUUGUGGUUUCCGAAACCUGCUAUUCCAUCUGAAGGGAAUGCCUUCUGGAGACUGGGAGAACACAAACAAGCAGAUCUGCAAUGUGGUGUGAAGAAAACAGAGGAGGCACUGUCUCAUAGAGGAAUUUGGAUGGAGAUUGCUGGAUAUGACAGCCUCCGUGAACAUCUGCAACAUCUCUUGCAGGACCCAGUAAAAUCUUCCCGUGCUUUCACAGGCAGAUCUGUUAUUGUACAUGGGAAAGAACCCACUAGAGCCUGCAGUUAUGAUGAGCUCAGUCACAGAAUCCCCUGGAAUAGUAGCUAA